CAUCUGGAAGUUGUCGCCAUCAUAUCUGGCUAAGUGUGUAGCUAGCCUUCAAGUCAGUCAGCCGCUGUUGUUCGGGGUUAUAAAGUCAUUGAUCUCAUUAACCCCUUUUUGUUUCUUCUGUCGACUACCAGUGAGCUGCUGUGAUGUUAUUAAUCAGUGAACGCCUCUAGGACGGGCGCUGUUGUCAUAUUGUGUAGUUUCCUCACAUUAGCAGUGGCUAAUUUUGUGAGCACACAUUAGCCGGAGUCUUGAGAAGCAGCGAGGGGCGGUGGGCUGCAAACACCGUCGCUAGCUCGCAAGUUAGCUGGCUAGCAAGUAAAAACAUAUAGCGGCGUUUAGUGUUAAAGUGAAGAAAGCAGCGGCUGUGGAUGUUACAUGCUCGCCGGUUGAGUCAGCGGUGCAUCUUAGCCAAGGAGCUAGCAGCGUCAUAAAGCUAGCUGCAGAGAAGCGAAGAUUUUUUGUAGCUAACAAAGCUAACCAAAGAAGCUGGGUUUGGUCUGCGACGACUGGAGUCUGCUAAACUGGAGCUGGCAUCGUCACAUUUCCUGUCUUCAAAACCUGGCUGUUUGGCCUGACAACUAAGAAGAUGUCUGAGGGAGAGAACAAACAGGCCUCGGACACUGCCCAGGAAGUGAAGGCAGAGUCUGUGGCAGCUGCAUCCACAGGUCAAGGAGUGUCAUCUGUGUCUCCCCCUGUGUCCAUGGUGACCCAGCCUCCGGCUACUGCUGCCACAGAGGAUGAGGAAGAGGAGAGCGAAGAUGAGUCGGAGAUUUUGGAGGAAAGCCCUUGUGGACGCUGGCAGAAGCGCAGAGAAGAGGUGAAUCAGCGCAACGUCCCCGGGAUCGAUAAUGCUUACUUGGCUAUGGACACAGAGGAAGGAGUUGAGGUGGUGUGGAAUGAGGUCAUGUUCUCGGAGAGGAAGAACUUCAAACUACAGGAGGAAAAAGUCAAAGCAGUUUUUGACAAUUUGAUUCAACUGGAGCAUUUGAACAUUGUGAAGUUCCAUAAGUACUGGGCAGAUGUCAAAGAGAACAGAGCGAGGGUCAUUUUCAUUACUGAGUACAUGUCUUCAGGAAGUCUCAAACAGUUCUUGAAAAAGACAAAGAAAAAUCACAAGACCAUGAAUGAAAAGGCCUGGAAGCGCUGGUGCACACAAAUACUGUCUGCUCUCAGCUAUCUGCAUUCCUGUGAACCUCCCAUCAUUCAUGGCAAUCUGACCUGUGACACCAUCUUCAUCCAGCACAAUGGCCUCAUCAAGAUUGGCUCAGUUGCUCCAGACACCAUCAAUAACCAUGUGAAAACCUGUCGGGAAGAGCAGAAGAGCCUUCACUUCUUUGCUCCAGAAUAUGGAGCUGUUGCCAAUGUUACCACAGCCGUGGAUAUCUAUUCCUUUGGAAUGUGCGCCUUAGAGAUGGCUGUGUUGGAAAUCCAGAGUAAUGGAGAUUCGUCUUAUGUGUCCCAAGAAGCCAUAAACAGUGCCAUUCAGUCCCUGGAGGACCCACUGCAGCGGGAAUUUAUUCAGAAAUGUCUGGAGUUGGACCCCAGUAAGCGACCCACAGCUAAGGAGUUGUUGUUUCACCAGGCCUUGUUUGAGGUGCCCUUACUCAAGCUGCUGGCUGCACACUGCAUUGUCAGCCACCAACAUAUGAUUCCAGAAAAUGCUUUAGAAGAGAUGACAAAGAACAUGGACCCUAAUUUGGUGAUCGUUGAGGCCAAGGAAGGAGUUCAGAUGAAGCUCUCUCAGUUUCCUGCCCUUGAGCUGGACAAGUUCCUGGAAGAUGUAAGGAAUGGGAUCUAUCCUCUGACUGCGUUUGGGAUACCAUGUCCACAACAACCUCAGCAGGAGACGGUGAAGUCGCCCAUAGUGCCGCCCUCAGUUAAAACCCCAACUCCUGAACCUGCAGAGCUUGAGACCAGGAAGGUCCUUCAGAUGCAGUGCAAUAUUGAGCCUGUUGAUGAGGGCACCAAGCAUCACCUGACUCUGCUGUUGAAACUUGAGGAUAAACUGAACAGGCACUUAAGCUGUGAUUUGUUACCAAAUGAGAACGUGCAGGAGCUGGCUGUGGAGCUGGUCCAGCUGGGAUUCAUCAGUGAGGGCGAUCAGCCACGCCUUGCAUCCGUUCUUGAAGAGGCCUUUUCAAAGUUCUACAGCCGGAACGGCUCUCUCAAUCCGGUGACUGUUUCCUCAUAGCGGAGGACUCACUUGGCCUUCUUUCAGCCCUCCUCGUCCUCUUCAACAGGACUAGCUUUUUGCUCCACCUCUGAGUUGCAGGAAAGCUUUGCGAGGUCAGAGGAGGAAGCCUUUGUCUGGUUGCAGAUCCUGCAGCCUGUCGUCGUAUUUUCUGGUGGGAAAAGCUGCCACUAAGUGGUUGUUGCUUUCUAUCUCCUUUUUUUUCUUUCCCACCCAAUACAGCCAUCUGCUUCUCUUUUAAAAGAGAAAAUCCUAGUUGCAACUUAAAGGAAAAUAUAAAUGUUUUCACUUUAUUGGCUUGUUUCUUUACAUUCUCAAGUAUUGAAGAAAGAGGCAAGCUAAAUAAGACUGGAUUACAGCAGUAUUUUCCUUAAGUCAGUAUUAAAACUGUAUUUUAAACAUUUUUACUUAAAACUGUUUAUUAGUUGUCUGUUUAAAACAAUCUUUGUCCUGGCAUACUGAAGUGUAUGUGCUAUGGUGUUGUAAGGUUAAGUCCGGUCCUUUAAACUUUCUCUUGAGCAGCGAGUGAGGCAUCUUCUACCUUGUAUCAGUUUUCGAAGGCUCUUGAAUGCAUCAAGCUAGCAACGCAACAGAUGUUUCAUCACCUUUUACUUCAAACUUCUGCCAUUAUACAAAGUAGUCGUGAAAUAAGCAGCUGCAACACAUUCGGAAGAGUUACAGCUAAAAUCUAUAAAAAAAAAAAAGUCAAACUAUUUAUUUGUGUAUUUUUCUUGAGUGUGUUUUGUAAUUCACUUCCAGCACUAAGGUCGAUGGUUGUUUGAAUGUAUGCUUUAUUUGCUCUUUCUUUAAAUCACGCUGUUGUUUUCUAUGAAAAGGGGGUGUCAUCACUUGACUGUGGUCCAACUACUGCUUUUGAUUUCAAAGUAGGCCGUUUCAGUACAUAGUAAUGAGGGCUUGGUCUUUUGGUGGAGAGGUUGGUUAGAUCCAUGUGAAGAUGCUUUAAGUGUUAAAGCACAUGGUCUGAUGGAUAUUUGUCAACAGAUGUGGUGAAUGCAUGUAUGCUUUUCUAUGUCUAAAUGGAAACUGAUGCAUGCAACAGGCUUCCCUCUGGUGUUGAUUCAGUUGUCUUUUAACAGCACCAAGUCAUUUAUAAUGCAAAGAACAUUGUGUCAGCUUAGGGCCGUCAAAAUUUAGACUUUGCAGCUCUGAAUCAUUAGUUUCCUUCAGGGCAAAGGCACCCUGCGUGACACCAGAGCUAAAAUUUGCUCUUACCAUGUAGAUAUUCUCGUAUCGGCUCUGACCGACCUUUAUAUGUUAACUGUCUGGGAAUCUUUCUGUUAGUUUGCACUGCUGCACUCUUUUAUAUCUUGUUGAAAAUGUCCUGUGGCCUCUGGCUUUUUCGCAAUAACAGGAAGAUAAAUUGGAAAUGGCAUCAUUUAAACUAGUCAAUGAUCCAGUCUGCUCUAUGCUGUGACUACCUUCUGAAAGGGUCUGUAGAUACUUCGAGAUACAAGUGUGGAACUGCCUGGCAUGCUUGUAACCAUCUUGUACACUGUAUGCUGGACACUGUGCUCUGUUUCUGCAAUGCAUUUACCCCCUUUUUUUCACUCCCUGAAAUAAAUAUGUACACUAUCA